AUGUCAUCUGAACUAGAUGCCGUUACCGCUACCGCCAAUGCCGCCUUCCGCCAGGCAGGCGACAAGGUCGAGCACCUGCUUGGCCAAGCACUGCAGUUGGAUGCUGCUGACCCCAAGCACAUCCCCAUUGCGGUGGAGAUGGCAUGGGCUCUGCUCUGUGCCACCCAUGGUCCUCUCUGCGGCAGCAGAGCUACAGCAACACUUGGACAACUCCUUCUGCAAUGUGAGGAUCCCCGCAGCAAGAACAGCCCGCUCUACCCAUUGACCAUUGGGUAUGGUCAAACAGUGCCUCCCACUGCACCUGCUGCAGGUCCUUCUGCCAAGGCCAAAGGUAAGCAGAGAGCGGUUCCUGACGAUGAACCUGGAGAAGACCGUCGUAACGAUGGUCGCGGUGCUGGGCUCGGAACCAGGCAAUCCAACACCUACGUUCAUACCAUUCCCCGACCUCCCUUGACCUUCUGA